AUGCUGAAAAGCACUGGAAAGUUUGUAGAGAUAUUGCAUCAGUAUGGAGUGGAAGCUGUUUAUGUCAUCGGAAGAUUUUUUGUCUUAGCUUUGGAAAGAUCAUAUGGCUUUCAGACGAAGCUGUACAUAUCUAUAGAUGUGGUGGUUAUUGGUUACCUGAAUAUUCUUGCCUGUGUGAAGAUUGGUAUUGCUCUUGCAAUUUCAUUUCCUUCUUUGCAUGUGGCCAGCCCACCUGGGAAGAAGUCACUGGCUAUUGCCUAUUGGGGGCCCCUGUUGCAAGAUUACCUAAAGAGGAUGGAUUGGAGGCUCAUCGAAGCUGCGCAGACAGGAAAUGUUCAAGACUUGCAUAAUCUCAUAAAAGAGAAUCCCCUCCUACUCAGGUCAGCUCCAUUGGCAGUUUCUGAGACUCCGUUGCACAUAGCUUGCAUAGGAGGCCACAUUGAUUAUGUGAAAGAGGUUUUACAUUUAAGGCCGGAGUUUGCUGAAGAGCUCAACCAGGAUGGAUUUAGCCCCUUGCAUAUUGCAUCAGGUAAUGGGGACAUACAAAUUGUGAAAGAGCUUUUGCAGGUAAAUUGCUUUCUGUGCCUGAUCAAGGGAAGAGAGAGGCGAAUCCCUCUUCAUUAUGCUGCGAUUAAAGGCAGGAUUCAUGUCAUCCACGAACUGCUUUCUGCUUGUGCCGAGUCAGUUGGGUAUGUGACUGGACGAGGUGAGACAAUCCUUCAUUUGGCUUUAAAGAACAACCAAUUCGAAGCCUUUGAAUUCUUGGUACAGUACCUGUUACGGUCAAACAAUGGGGAGAUCUUGAAUAAGAAGGACCAUCAGGGUGAGUCCAUUUUGCAUCUUGCUGUCUCGAGAAAGCAGUAUGAGGUAAUCGAUUUCAUGCUCGACAAAAAUGUUUUUCAUGAGGGCAGAGUUGAGGUCAACUUGUUGAACAAGAGGGGUUUUACGCCUAUUGAUAGCUUAUUAUCUGAAGGGGGCGAUAGAGAAAUAGAGGAAAUGCUUAAAGCAACUGGGGCUAGAAGGGCAGCAGACUUGCAGCCGUCUCAAAGUGGAGCAUCAUCCUAUAAUUUGGCUGUCAUAACUCAGAGUACACCAGCUACUCAGUCAAGGAGAGUGCGUGCUCAAUCUCCCUCAGAAAAGUUGCUAAACUACUUCAAGUUUGACAAGCUUAGAGAUUCUCCAAAUGAAGUGCGAAACACAUUACUUGUGUUAGCUGUAUUAAUUGCAACAGCAACAUAUCAAGCUGUGCUUAGUCCACCCGGUGGCGUUUGGCAAGACGACUAUUUGCCUAGUCAAGGUACAGGCACAAACGCCACAUCCACCAAACCCCACAAAGCUGGAGAAGCAGUAAUGGGCACUCACCGCAAGACUUCUUACGGUCUUUUUCUGAUUUUUAAUUCAAUUGGAUUUUUUAUGUCCACUUACAUGAUAAACGUUCUCACUGCUGGAUUUCCCUUAAGAAUGGAGUUGCUAGUCUCUCUUUUUGCGCUUUUGGCAACUUAUGAUACUUCCAUGGCUGCAAUAUCACCAGAUAAGGACAUCACUUUGUGGUUCACCAUUCUAUCCGCAGUUCUGCCGGUGUUGAUACCUAUAGUAACCAAGAUAAUGAGGAAUCAUUGCAAGUUACAAAAGUUUAGACUACCAUGCACAAGCCCUGCAACUGAUUGAAGAUGGAAGAUCUCCAGUUCUGGUGAUGUUUUUCAGCAUGUAUGCAGCUACUUUCUUGAUCGCUGUUCUGUAUUUCUUUUGUUGGUUCAUUAGGACAAUCAUGUCAAUUUAUAGCGAGUUUAAUCUCAUUUUACCAUAUAUUAAUCCCUCUCUCUCUCUCGCUCAAUUUCUGAAUUUUCUUUCGUGUCCACAAGGAGCUAACCUGUUGCUAGGCCGCUAGCAACCUGGAAAUGGAAUGUGUACAGUUCGAUCCAGUCUGAGAACAAAUUUGUUCUCGCAGUGUGAAAUAGCUCAGUGCUCACAACAAUCUCCCUUUUAGGACCAAGGAACUAGUUUCAUGCUUUAGAUUCAUUUGCUCAAUCUCUUCCUAGUUUUGUUUCUCAUUUAGUUAUCUCUUGUUAGUUACUUGUUUAAUUAGCUAUUCUCAGGCAGACAAUACGUUUUCAGCUUUUGGUAAUUGAGCUACUUUUUUUAUUGAAGAAUGAAGAUAGUGUCAUUAAAGAGAGAGCACUGGUUGAUGCCACAAAUAUAAAUUGUUUUACAGGAAA